AUGUCUGAUUGCUCCUAGUUUCACCUCUCUCUCUCUCUCUCUCCCUCUCUCUCUCUCUCCCCCCACCCACCCCACCCCACCCCACCCCACCCAGUCUUAUGUUGUCCUCCUGAACCCAUCCUCUCUCUCUCUCUCUCUCUCUCUCUCUCUCACACACACACACGCGCGCGCGCGCGCGCACACACACACUCAUGCGUUGGUGAGUUCUGUAGAUUUCUGGGGGGUCACAUGAUGGAUCUCAGGGGACUGGAUUUGGAGGGUUUCACAAGCAACGGAUCCACUCCUCAACCCGUUUUAGACCCAGAUACCACCAAGCCAAAUAGUAACGGAUCUGGGUUUCUAAAGCAAGGCAGAUCUGGGUCGGGUCAAGAUGAAUACUGGAGGGCCUCCAAAGUGGCCCGUGCUGUUGAUUCUGAAUCCCCCAAAACACUGUUUGGAACUUCUAUGCUGAUGAGAUCUGACAGCGGUCAACAAGAACAUCAGAACAUGAUCAGCUUCUCUUCCCCCAAGUCAGAAUCUCAUUUCCUCGGUAAAAAUGGUGGAUUGGCCGAAAAGAGCUCUCAGAACUCAGACUCAAUAUAUUUUCAGCAAACACCUCAUGCUUCGGCUAGAAAUGCAGGUUCUGGUAAUGGAGGCAUGCGUGCCCCUCUUCUGGGGGCAAGGGGGCCAUUUACUCCAUCCCAAUGGGUCGAGCUCGAGCACCAGGCAUUGAUCUACAAAUACAUGCUGGCAAAUGUACCUGUUCCAUCAAAUUUGCUCAUACCCCUCAAGAUUUCCCUUAGCCCGUUUGGGUUAUCAGGGUUGUCAUCCGGAUCCUAUCCCCCCAACUCCUUGGGAUGGGGUUCUUUCCAUCUAGGUUACUCCGGCAACACUGAUCCAGAACCUGGGAGGUGUCGCCGAACGGAUGGAAAGAAAUGGCGCUGUUCAAGAGAUACUGUUGCCGAUCAGAAGUACUGUGAAAGGCACCUAAAUAGAAACCGCCAUCGUUCAAGAAAGCCUGUGGAAGGCCAAACUGGCCAAGCUGUCUCUGGAUCCUCUCCAAAGGUGGCGCCGAUUUCUUGUUCCACUUCAACAUCAAAUAGCAUCGAUAUCACGCAACACCAAUUCAAGGGAUUACAUUCUGGUGGUAACAAACCUUCUGCAGAUGUUCUUGUCAACAGAAUGCAAGAUCCUAAAGGCCUCUCUAUGCCGCCUUCUACGACCAACCUGAAGUCUAAAGAGUACCCAUUCUCCAUUCCAAAGCAACAUAUCCCAAAUGAAGAAUCCUCGGGCUUUGGACUCGUCUCUUCUGAUUCCCUUCUCAAUCCUUCACGAGAGACCUCCUACGUGAAUUCAAGACACUAUAACCCUAUCCUUGAUUUCAACGACCAUAAAUCUGAUGGCCAACAUUCACUUCGUCAUUUCACUGAUGACUGGCCUAAGGACCAAUCCAAUCGUGGCUCCAUCGCCUGGCCCGAAGAACUUAAAUCUGACUGGACCCAACUCUCAAUGUCUAUUCCUAUGGCUGCCUCAGAUUUCUCAUCAACCUCAUCCUCAUCCCCUCAAGAGAAAAUCUCCCCCUCACCGCUAUCUCAUGAGCUUGACCCAAGGCAAAUGGGUUUGAUGGUGAAUAAAAACUUUAAUGAAUCAACCGAAAAGCAAACAAACUGGAUACCUGUAUCUUGGGGAAGUGCAAUGGGGGGACCAUUGGGAGAGGUUUUGAACCUCAAAACUGGAGUACCGAAUGGCAGCCCGCAACUGGGAUCUUCUCCUACGGGGGUAUUGCAUAAGACAACUUUUGUUUCGCUUUCAAAUAGUAGUUCAGGGAAGAGCAGUCCCAGAGCUGACAACAUGCAAACAAAUAAAACUAGUGUUCUUGGUGGUCAUAUGAUUGGUUCAAUUCUUGCAAGUCCGUUCACAAUUCCAUCCGUAUAAUGAACUGAUAUGAUGGAGAAAAAGACGAUGGUGGGUGAUGAAACGCGAUGACUUUUCAGCAAUGUUGGUGAAAUGAGUCCAAGUGCGGGUUAGAACACCUCAAUGAAACUCAAAAUCUCUCUCAAUUUCCCUUUAGCUAUGUUCUGCCGAAGUUUUCAAGGUGGGAUUGGCUGAUUUUCAUGAAUUGAUAUUGGCUAUUUUAUCUUUUAUGUGUGUCCUAUAUAUGUUAUCUUUAGUAUCGAUACAGUUCAUUAGGAUUAUGAUUCAUUAUUUCGCUUCUUUCCUCUGGUAUGCUUAAUCCGACUCUACUUUCCUCUGGUAUGCUUAAUCCGACUCUACUUUGGAAACACUGUACGAGAAAAAUGCUUAGCUGAAACUAAGCUUUUCCUUAGGAAUUACAUUGGAAAUGGCUUUUCCAGUGUUGCAUUCGAGAUUCAA